CCCAUGUACCUAUGUAUUUCCAAGCUCAGCACGGUCCACAAUCACCGCUAAAGUGGAUCACCGACUUUUCCACCCUUCUUUUUUUUUCCUCCCACCUCCAGGCUCCAGGUUCCGUGCUCCCACCUUGGUACGGCCCACGAGUCGAGCCCACACCCUGCCAACCUGAACAUCUGUCCUCGAUCCGCAUGCAUCAUGGACGAUUCGUCGUUGAAGGAGCGGCUGCUCAACUCGCAGAAGGCCUUCGACGGCCUCCUCUCUCUGAUACCGGCGAAUAUGUAUUACGGCGAGGACACCACUGAUCAAUGGAAACGGAAGAAGCAGACAAAAGCCGAGGCCAUUGCUGCUAGGCGCAACAAGCUCGAUCCGGACAGUGCGCUGAACCGGAGCGUGAGGGAAGUCAUGGACGAGCAAGCACAGAAAAAGCGAAAGCGCGACCAGAUGCAAGACGACGACGACAGUGGCUGGUCCGAUGUCGAGGGCGUCGAGCUCGAGAAGCCCGGCGAGGGCUUGAAAAAGAAGACGCCCAACGACACCAAGAAGAAGCCCAAGAAUUCAGACACGGAACCGCCCGAAGUCAGCGACAAGGAGCGACGGAAGGAAGAAAAGAAGGCUGCGCGGAAGGAGCGCAAGGCUGAGCGCCAACGACUCCGCGAGGAGGAGGCAGCCUUCCAAAGACAAACCAUCAAGGGCGUCAACAAGAUCAAAUUAAAGCCCAGGGAAACAAAGGCUGGCCCGACACCAAAUGGUAAUGUCACAUCAGCCACCACCGAUACAAGGCAUGAGGACCUGAUAGAUCACGAGAUGUCGGAGAGCACAGGUCAGGCCGAGGAGGCAGGCGACGAGGAGGAGGAAGAGGAGGAAGAGCAGGAGGAGGGCGAAUCUGUAUUCAUGGAAGAUCUAGACGCCACUAAUCUCGCUGAUGAACCUCGCAAGGGUCCCGCCCUUUCGCCUUCCUCGGAGCCCCAAUCGCCCCUUUUCGAUACCCACGGCACGCCAGCCGAUUCCACUGGUCAGCCACCCAGCACUACAACCUCUAUAUCAUCUACCGGACCGCCACAAGACAAACCAAAGCACAUAAAGAUUCCCACCGACACUGCUGCCCUCCGAGCGCGCCUCGCGGCAAGGAUACAGGCGCUCCGGGAUGCUCGAAAAGCCAGUAUCGACGGAAAACCCGUCCGUACGCGCCAGGAGCUAAUCGAAACCCGGCGGCAGAAGCAGGCGGAACGAAAAGCCCACAAGAAGGAAUUGAGGCGACAAGCGAAAGCAGAGGCGGAUCGAGCACGAGAGGAGGCUCUGGCCUCCGCUCGCAACUCCCCAGGCGGCAUAAUGAGCCCCGCUGUCGGUCGAGAUGCGAACAACAAUUUCUCCUUCAGCCGCGUCGGCUUCGGAGACGGUACCCAGUUAUCACACGACCUCUCGCAUGUCCUCAAUAGAGACAAGAAGAAGGGCCCGUCGGACCCCAAGACGGCCCUCCAGAAGUUAGAGAAUCAGAAGCAACGGCUGCAGAGCAUGGACGAAGACAAGCGAAAGGACGUCGAAGACAAGGAACUAUGGCUCACUGCCAGGAGACGUGCCGAGGGCGAGAAAAUAAGAGACGACGAGGCGAUGCUCAAGAAGGCCGUCAAGCGCAAGGAGAGCGCUAAGAAGAAGAGCGAAAAGGCGUGGGCCGCAAGGAAAGAAGGUGUCGCCAAGUCCAUGAAGGACCGCCAGACGAAGCGCGAGGAGAACAUCAGGAAGCGGCGCGAGGACAAGCUUACGGGCAAGGCCGGCAAGAAGAAGGGGGACAAGAAGAGCAGCAAGGGCCGAGCAGGGUUUGAGGGUUCAUUUAUUGGUGGCGGGAAGAGAAGAUGAGCUGCUGUCGCGCAGCCUCCAGGAACCGGCCUAGCGUACGAGUUACCUAACUAUUCGGCCUCUUACGUUGGCUGGCCCCAUGCGUAUGAGGACUUCAUCUUAGGAAGCUGUGAUAGUGGUAUGGGCCCAAUAGGACGUAGUGUUCCCCGUCGUAGCUUGUCUCGAGGGCCGCAGAGCUCGUGGCCUCACACUAAGUCGCCUGGAGAUCCCAUGCGCGUAGUCACUACCAAAGUGGUAGCACGAACGCAAGAAACAUAGGGACCUACUUGCGGAGCAUUACAGGUAGCCAGUACGCGAUACUACUAUGUAAGCCUAUGGGCAUUGUUCUCUGUUCCAUCCCAAUCUCGUCCUUAGGCAUUCCUUCUUGAAAAAAAAUCGAUUUAGGUGUAGAAUAGCUCCUGUCUAGUAUAUACUACUCUGGCG